AUGCUGAUCCAAGUCGUUGCCCACUCUUCGCAGUUUCUUGUAAGCGUGAUCAUCCUCAGUCGACCUCCUGUCCUGCUCACUGAUGCAAUUGUUGAUCUAUUGUCAGGGUGUAAGUUUCUUCAUCCGCUGUCGACUUUGAGCCCUGCUGACCAAUUGGUCGGUCCGCCGUCAAGUUCUAGCCAUGCUGACAGAAGACAUUGCCCACCUGUUCACAGUUUGUGA